AGGAAUUUUGCGAAAAUAUCAAUCGUUAUCUCAAAUUUUACCAAACGGCCACUUUCAAUAUCCCCGAUUCCAUGAAUUUCUUGGAGUUCCAUGAGAAAACGCAUCAAUUACAACUGCAAAUUUCUACUUUAACAUCGAUCUGCAAAGUUGGACCUUACACAAAAAUGGAAGAGAUCCCGCACGGCGUAGCUCUCCUCAACUAUCUUUAUCAGAAGGUACUGAGCUUGACUGAUCAGAAAAUCAUCAGCGUUCUCUACUCAAUCUUAUAUCCUUGCUGCCAGGUUUAUUUCAGUCGUUUCUUGAAACAGUGGAUCCUUGACGGAGUCAUUCACGAUCCGUACGGAGAGUUUUUUAUCAAACCAAAUCCGAAAUUCGUCAUAACUAGAGGGCGUACUUAUUGGACCAGAAGUUUUAGUUUGAGGGAAGACAUUGUUCCAGAUUUUCUUGUAGAUUUGAAAACAGAAAUUCUUUCGUGUGGAAAAUCUAUGAGUUUACUCAAGUUUUUUGAGCAUACGUGUUAUGAUAGAUUAUUAUUCAAAGUUGAUAGAAAUUGCCGACAACAGGAAGUCAAAAAUAGAAACGAAUGUUAAAAAAAUCAAAAGUAUCCAAAUAGAACAAAAUUCAUUGACAAAAGAUAAGGAGCAUUUUGAAUCAACAGAUAAUUUGGGAGAGAAAUCAAACAGUUCGUCUGAUAGUUUUUAUUCAAUACCGGAAGAUAAAAAUGAUGAUAAAGUUGAAGUGGAAAAUAUGGAAACUGAAAGUGACCGGCCGGAAAUUAAUUCUCCAGGGUCUCUAGAUGUCAUCAAUGCAAAUGCCGACACUCUGAAAAGCACCAACGAACCCAGUGACAAAAUCAUCAAUUCAAACCAUUCUAGAAAUAUUCAAGAAGCAAUAAACAACUUCGAGAUGGCCAGAAAAAAUAAGUACAAGGUCAUGACUCAAGAGAUGGGUAUCGAUUUCAUACAAAAGAAAGAAAAGACUACGAGUAUUCAUAAUGCAGCGUACCUUUCUGACGCCCAGAGAAACAAACUCAAAAUAUUGUCUACAGAGUUUGGUUUCGACAUCAAACCUGAUUACGUGAAAACAAACCAAAUAACUACUAUUUCCAUGUACAACAGAAAUAAAGUUAUGGGAAGUAGCGAUUGUUUCGCUGAGAAAUAUUUGGAUAACGAAAAUUUUGUCAAUAGAAACUUGGCAAGUAAUGAAGAGAGUAGCGUGAAGACAGGACCUAUUAAAAAAUCGAAAUCGUUGAUGCUGGAUUUCGACAAGGUGAGUACCAGAUCUGCAAAAUCAGAUACAGACAAGCAAAUUCCAAUGUCUGUCGACUCAACUCCAAUGAGUGAGCUUCCUCAUAGCGUGGGAACACCUAGCACCAUGUUCCUCAGCAUCGACACCAAUCAACUGGAAAGUAUUCCAAAUACAGCAGAAACUCACCAGACGGAUGAAGGUUUCAAAUUCGAUACAAUCAAAGAACAAUCCAUCGAUCCGAUAUACUAUAACCGCAAAGAGAUUAGUUUGCAGAAAGCUGUUUUUUCCAAAAGAGUUACCAAGAAACAGGCAUCAGGGGUUUCGACAAAUUGUUUGCGAUUAUUUUUGCAUGAAUCUGUCCAAAUCCCUCUCCUGACUCAGACUAAACUGAUCAACGAUGAACUCUUGAGGUACUUUAUAAAUGACCUCCAGUAUUUGCAACAUCUGAUGAGCCUGAGAGAUUAUUUCUUUAUGCAAGACGGCGAAUUUGGUAGAAACAUCACAGAAAAUUUGUUCACAAAGCUUUACGAUGCAAAUUUUCCUGCUGAACUGAUAAACUGCCGCAUUUUGCAAGACUUAGUCUUCGGGGCACUGGAUAUGUCGUAUAAGAAUCAGACUAACUCGCAGUGUUUGUCAUUCAAGAUCAAUAGUAUGCCGAAAUGUUUCGAUUUGGGAAAUCCAGAUGUGUUGGAUUGUUUAUCUCUGACUUACAAGGUUAAAUGGCCUCUGAAUAUUCUCUUGCCUACCGAUACCAUUGCCAAGUAUGAUGAGGUGUUUAAAUUCCUGUUGAAACUGAAUAGGGUCUCCUGGGUUCUCAAGAAAACUUUUUUGGAAUUGAAAGUGUUAGCCAAAGAAACAGGUAAAAAAGAAAUUUACCUCAUGUCAUCACCACAGUAUAGAAAACUACAUCAGUGCCGUCAUGUCAUGACCCAGUUUGUUCAAACGUUACAGAAUUAUGUUGUGGGUGAAGUGUUGCAGUCCAGUUGGACGUUGUUCGAAAAGAACCUGGAAGGUGUUUCUAGUAUCGAUGAGCUGUAUUCUGCGCACACGGCAUAUAUAAAAAAUAUUCUCUUCAUGUGCUUACUGAACCAAAAGACUGUAAUCUUGAGGAAUGUUAUCCACAAAACAUUCAUGGUGAUUUUGAAGUUUUUUGAUUAUUUGAGGUCAAGAAGUUGGAUUUGUGAAAAUGGCUCUUAUGUCCAUCCCAAUUUCAACAAACUGGAAAGUAUUUUCAAGAACUUCCAAGAAUUUGUUCUAUAUUUAUUCAAAGUGGGUCGUAAAGUAGCAAAAUGUGGAUACCAACCACAUUUAUCGUUAUUGUUAGAAAUGCUCGAUAUUAAUGAAUAUUUCUCUGAAUCUCUCAAACGUUCGUCUAAUUAAAAUCACUGUUUUGUUUGACUUUUGCUUUAUUGGCACAAAAUUAUUAAUAAAUGUGAUAACUAUUUAUUGUUAAACAAAUUACAAAUGUUUUUACUUUGGCGAAUAAAUGUUUUUUAAAAUACAAA